AUGGCCGAGGUCACAGUCAACAGUCUGGAGUUCUUUGGCAGCCACUGGACUGCCUGGCGUGUGCUGGGUGUGGCCCAUCAACGCGUCAAGUCCUGGAGGAACCUCUACCUGGGCUAUGGUAUCCUGCUGAACCUGCUGGUUACCCUGUGCUAUCCAUUUCACUUAGGAAUGUCGCUCUUUCAAAACCGUACCCUCACUGAAGACAUCCUCAACCUGACCACCUUUGUGACCUGCACUGCCUGCUCCUUGAAGUGCUUGAUCUAUGCCUAUAAUAUCAAGGAUGUAAUGGAGAUGGAGCGACUGUUAAAUCUCCUGGACAAAAGGGUUAAGGGUCCUGGACAGAGAGCCAUCUAUGGCAAGGUGAAAGUGCAACUCCGCAAUGUCCUGUACAUUUUUAUAGGCAUCUACCUGCCCAUCGCUUUUUUCGCCGAGCUUUCUUUUCUGCGCAAGGAGGAGCGGGGAUUGAUGUAUCCCGCCUGGUUUCCCUUUGAUUGGAUGAACUCCACCAGGAACUUUUGCAUAGCAAAUGUCUAUCAAAUAGUGGGCAUAUCCUAUCAGCUUUUGCAGAACUAUGUUAGCGAUUGCUUUCCAGCUGUGGUUUUUUGCCUGAUUUCCUCGCACAUCAGGAUGUUGUAUAAGAGACUCGAAGACGUGGGAACGGAUCCUGAGGAAGACUCGGAGAAGGAGCUGGAAGCGUGCAUCACAGAUCACAAGAGAUUGAUUAAACUUUUUCGUUGCCUUGAGGCCUUCAUAUCCUUGCCCAUGUUCAUCCAGUUCACGGUGACAGCUUUAAAUGUCUGCAUAGGCAUAGCAGCUUUGGUUUUCUUCGUCUCCGAGCCCAUGGCCAGGAUUUAUCUUAUAUUCUACUCGAUGGCCAUGCCUCUACAGAUAUUCCCCUCGUGUUACUUUGGCACUGACAACGAAUAUUGGUUUGGAAGACUCCAUUAUGCGGCCUUUAGUUGCAAUUGGCACAAUCAAAACAAGAGUUUCAAAAGGAAGAUGAUGCUGUUUGUGGAGCAAUCUCUGAGGAAGAUCACAGCCUUGGCUGGGGGAAUGCUACGCGUCCAUUUGGACACCUUUUUCUCUACCCUAAAAGGCGCCUACUCGCUUUUUACUCUCAUAAUUCGUUUGAGGAAGUAG